AUGGUAAUGUUAUUUCCAGUAUUAAUAUUAUCUAUAUUGGUUAUAUUUAAUCAAAAUGUCUCAAGUCUAACAAUAUCAAAUAAUGUUAAUUCCAAUUGCACUAAGGAACAUGAAGGACGUUUAUUAAAAGAAGGAGAAAGUGUUGAAAAAAAUGGUAAACUUUAUAAAAUGGAAAAUUGUACUCUUCAUCGAGCUUAUCAUGCAUGUGGAACUUAUCUUUUACAAAUGGUCAGUAUUGCUUGUGAAGUUGUCACGCAACAAAAACAUAAAAAUCUCAAUUCAAAUCGUUUUCGGAGAUUCUUAAGACGAAAAUUGUUAACUGAAGCUUGUUGUCAAACAUUAUGUACUGUUGCUGAAAUGACACUUUAUUGUCCUUAA